GUUACAUUGUUGUCCUUUUAGGUGCAAUUGGAUUAUAACUGAAUUGACAAGUCCAAAGAAUGAAAGAGGUGACAAAACAAAGAAACAUUAGAGCCCUUCAAUGAAUCAUCCUCCAACACAUCUUCGGAAAAUCCAACACUUUAUACUUUGAUGAUGCCGCCGAUAUUCCUCCAUUCUUCUUGUCUCCUGCUGCUAAUCAGCUUAAAGCAAAAACCAAUCAUAUAAAAUGCAACUGCCCUGCUCGCAUGAUCCUUUCUCCAACGCCAUGGCUAAUUGGGUCGAGCUCCUUUCUUAAUGAGGUAUUUGUGCAUAUGAGAGAUGCUCCCUUCCCUUUAAUUCCGAUCGCGAGUCUGCACUUUCCAUUCCCUCCCCUGUUUCCAUGGCUGCCUGUUAUUUGGCACUGUCGCUCUCUCCUUCUUUCAGCAAGACCCACCAUCUCGCUUUCUUGCCGAAACCACUGACCCACCAAAACCCUCGUCGGUUUAUUCAACAGAGCCAGAGGCGGACCCUUCUGGAGUCGAAGAGGUCUACUUUGGAAAGUCGUAUUCUUCUUUCUACUGCACUCGGGGCUUAUUCCUCGCGUGGGUUCAUCGACCCGUCUGCUGAUGACGAAGCAAUUCUGCCGGCGGUUGAGGAAAAGCCGAUCAAGUUUCUUAUUUGGGUCGCGGUUUGGGCUUCCCUUUCGCUUGUUUGGUUCGCGUCUUCCGGGGAUGCGAAAGCGGCCGCCGAUUCUUCCAUCAAAGCUUCCAGCUUUGGUCUGAGAAUCGCUAAUGCGCUUCGAGGCUCCGGCUGGCCGGACGAGGCCGUGGUUUUCGCUCUCGCUACCCUUCCUGUGAUUGAGCUUCGUGGGGCUAUUCCAGUCGGUUACUGGCUCCAACUCAAGCCCGUAGCGCUCACCGUUUUAGCCGUAAUUGGGAACAUGGUCCCAGUGCCUUUCAUCAUACUAUACAUGAAGAAGUUUGCUUCUUUCCUUGCUGGAAAGAACCGGACAGCAUCUCGAUUCCUCGAGAUGCUGUUCAAGAAUGCCAAGGAGAAAGCUGGCCCCGUUGAAGAGUUUCAAUGGCUUGGUCUGAUGCUGUUUGUGGCUGUACCUUUCCCUGGAACAGGAGCAUGGACAGGUGCCAUUAUAGCUUCCAUUCUCGACAUGCCUUUCUGGCCAGCCGCAUCAGCUAACUUCUUCGGUGUGGUGUUGGCCGGGCUGCUGGUGAACUUGCUGGUGAAUCUGGGACUCAAGUAUGCCAUCGUCACUGGUAUCGCCCUCUUCAUUGUAUCUAGUUUCAUGUGGAGCAUACUUAGGAAAGUUAGGAAGUCUUUCAGCUCCCUCUAAACUGACCAUCAUUCAAUCGCUCUGGUCAUAGGGACAAAAAUUUAAUUUUAAUGAAUGAGUGACGACGAGGUCACUUCGACUUCGAGCAAGUUUUAGCUAGAUUUGGAAGUUUAAGUUGGUUUUGCAACCGUGAUCACCAUCUAUGCUCAGAAACCUUUAGCUGCUUUGUUAUGAAACCCUUCCGUUACUCGGUUAUCUAAGUAGUAAAAUGCAGCAUUCUCCAGUUUUCAGCUGUAAAGCUGUAAGCUCGUAAGUCGUAACUAUUGCCUCGCCUGUGUAAAUAAGUACCAGGGAAUACAUUUUCGGAUUAAUUUAGGGAAGUUGAUUGCCUGUGACUGAUUUUUGCCUUUAGAUUUUGGAUAACUAGAGCUGAAAAGUGCUCUGCAAAGGGAGGGACUGCUCGACGUGGCUACUGCCUUAUUUGACAUAGGCUUGAGUUCUAUGAUUUGUGAUUACGAGGUAGAAAAUUUUAAUCCCUAAUUCCAAAGAUAUGAAGAAGCUGAAAAAGUUAUUCAGUUCAGGUUGAUAGUCCUUUCUGCGGAGCGUAGUCAUAGUGUUCGUGCAUUUCCAAUUUCAAUUGUGAUUAUGUCGAAAUGGGCUUUGGGACAUAUUUGGAAUUUAAGGCCUUGGAUUUAUAUUGGAGAUUCUUAGAUCCAAGGGCUAAGAUCGAAAAUUAACGUAAGUUUUAAGAUUAUGUUUUUUAUUCAAAGCCCUCAAUUAAGGAUAUGGGAUAUGUAUAUGGAGAUAUUUGGGAUUUUCUAAAUUGAUACAUUUAAUUAAUUUAUGUAUUCUAUUGUUUCAAUGUAUGAAUUUGAAAAAUACAUAAUUUGGAGGUUGAAGGAUUUUAGUAGUCUUAUAAAAAACGAGGUAAGUAAAAAAGAGAGAUUGAUAGCUGAGAUUGACAAUCCAUAAUGAAUGAUUUUAGUUGUCCCAUCUUCUACUCAAAUACAAGUAUUGUGUUUCAUUUUAAGACCAAAAGAACGUUGAAUUCUCAUAAUUACAUGUGUUAUCUAAAUACAUUAUCCUGAGAUUGUACCCUCCUACUCUACCCUGGGAGCCUUGGGCUUCCUCCUGAAAACACCCUAGUCAGCGUGUUUGGUUCACCCUCUCGUCCCAAGCCUGGUUGGUUAUGGCCCACAUCAGCCCACGCGUCUGUUCGGUCGGCCAUGAUCAACUCGUGGCCCUUGCAAAGAGGAGAAAUCGCCCCUUGGACUUGGUCUUUCGACCUUCUAGGUGGCACUUCUAGUUGUUGUUCGUGGUGUAGAUGUGGUUGAGGCUCGACUUCUUGUGUGGAGGUCCAAGUUGUUCUGGCUCUCCAUUGAUUGGAAGUGCGAAACCGGAACUACUUCCGAAGGACGAGCAUUGGAACUCUACCCAUCAAAGGAUUAACCCUUAGAACGAUUCCUACACACAAGAAAAAUUCAUGCACAUCCAUGCCAAACACAUUUCACAUAUUAUCAAUGAACGCAAUGAACACUUCUUCUCAUCCCUAGGAUCUAAUCUCAUACACCCACAUACUUAAUGUUUACUAUGUAAAACAAGGGUUAAGUGAAAAGCAAUGUCGAAUUAGGUAGUUAACGAUUGUGAUUGAUUAGUUCUACUGACAACAAGUCAAUCUAGGGGUUCAAUGUCGAGGCCAAAGGCAAGGAACAACCUAAAUGACUAAGGUAAGGGUAUGGAACGAUUGCUCAAAAAUCAUAUCAAAGCGGUAAGUUUAGGUGAGCAAAGGGGCCAUCAAUUUGUCAUUCAUCAAAUCAUUACAUGCACAAAUUAUGUGGUUUGGACAUUUCAUCGAGCACUUGGUGGGCGACAAUCAAAACAUCUAGAAUCA